CCACCUGCCUCUGAGCGAGCUUUGGCUUGGACAUCGAGGUCCACGUCAUUACCCCGAUGUCAUAGGUGAGAAACUGAGUCACAGAGUCACCUAAGUGGCUGGAGAUAGGGAGGGAGAAGGAAGCUCUGCCGAGGCUGCGGCCAGUGGAGGGGCGGCUCUGUGCCACAGGAGAGGCCUGGAUGGAGGGCUGCAUGUAGGGCAGGGUCUUCGGCCACUGCCCAAGGGUCAGAACUGCGGAGCGGUGUCCAGCGGCCGCCCCAUCUAGCCCUGCCCCCACCCGCAGGGCUCGGGGCGCCGUGUGGUGACUGAGGGACUGGCCUGGGAGAACUGCCCGGGGGCUCCGCUGGCCAGAGAGCCAGCGCUGCAGGCGUGCACGCGUGCAUCCAGGCAUGCACCUGCGGCGCCGUGUGUGUGUGGUGUGUGUCCCGAGGGUGCCUUGCAGCCUGGGCCCUCCCUGCAGGGCAGUGGGGACAGGCGAAGGCCGGGUCCCACGACAGCUUCUGGUAAACGUCUUCCGGGUCCCACCUGAGCCCCCCUCCCCCCACCACCAGGGCAUCACUAGCCUCCCCCAGCUUCUCUGGGCCAGUGUGGCCUGGUGGCGGUGGGGGUGGGGAAACCAGUCCCCAGGCACCCGGGCUAAGCGGCCUGGCCCUGUGCUGACCCGCGGUGGGGGCCCAUUUGGUUACCGCCGCUCCUCCCUUGUUUGCAUACGCCUUCCAGGCCCAGCUGGGCUCUGCCCCCACAGGGAGGCACCUGCUGCAUCCAGGGCCCAGGCCUGCUGUGUGGCACCAGGGGCCAGGCCCCCAAAGCUUCUAGGCCUCAGACCCUCAAGCUGCACCGUUUCCAGGCGGGCCGAGAGGCCAUGGCCUCCACCUGGGGGCCCUCUCUCCCCAGCCACAGGGUGGAGGCCGGGCUGGCCAGCUGUCCACUGUACUCCUGGCUGGUUAGCAGAGGUGGGGGACACCCUCUUCAGGCUGCCUGCAAGGCCUGCAGAUGAAACCACCCCAGCAGUGCCCCCUCAGGGCCCGACAGCACCUGCCCAGGGCUGGAGAGGGUUUCUGUGCCCACUCCCAGGGCACUGGCACCCAAGCCAGGCUCACUGGCAGGCAGGUCCAGUGUGACCCUCCCCCUCCAGGAAGAGGUGGGUGCCAGGGGCUUCUGCGCAAGGAGGUAGCAAGGGGUCGUGGUCAGUGGCUGCCCCGAGCCUGCCUGCCCAGGUCACUGUCAGCCAGGGGGCCUUAGUGGUGGCAUCAGAAUAAGAGUCCAAGGCAAGCAAACCUGCGGGGCCCGGGAGACGGAGGGCGUCCCCAGGGCCCUGAGCUGGCAGGUGAGGACCGGCCAGGGUUUUGCUAAACAAAUCCUCCUCCCCCGCCUGCCCACCCCAACUCCCCAUAUCUGGGCCCCCAGUUUGCUCACUGCCAUCCCUGCUGGAAGCUGCCACCUGCCAUGCCAGGCCUGACUCUCCUGGGCCUCACAGCUCUCCUGGGCCUCAGGGCGGGGGCCCCGCUGUGCCUGUCCCGGCAGCUCAGCAUGCAAGGGCACUACGUGCUGGGGGGGCUCUUCCCCCUGGGCUCCACCGAGGAUGCUGGGCUGGGCGACAGGACAGAGCCCAACGCCACUGUGUGUACCAGGUUCUCGUCCCUCGGCCUGCUCUGGGCACUGGCCAUGAUGAUGGCUGUGGAGGAAAUCAACAACGGAUCGGCCCUGCUCCCCGGGCUGCGCCUGGGCUACGACCUCUUCGACACCUGCUCAGAGCCCAUGGUCGCCAUGAAGCCCAGCCUGGUGUUCAUGGCCAAGGCUGGCAGCCGCAGCAUUGCCACCUACUGCGACUACACGCAGUACCAGCCCCGCGUGCUGGCCGUCAUCGGGCCCCACAUGUCCGAGGUUGCCCUGGUCACCGGCAAGUUCUUUGGCUUCUUCCUCAUGCCUCAGGUCAGCUACAGCGCCAGCACGGACCGGCUGAGCAAUCGCGAGACGUUCCCCUCCUUCUUCCGCACGGUGCCCAGCGACCGCGUGCAGGCAGUGGCCAUGGUGGAGCUGCUGCAGGAGCUGCGUUGGAACUGGGUGGCCGCCAUGGGCAGCGACGACGAGUACGGCCGGCAGGGCCUGAGCCUCUUCUCCAGCCUGGCCAACACCAAGGGCAUCUGCAUCGCGCAUGAGGGCCUGGUGCCGCUGCCCCAUGCCCGUAGCCCGAGGCUGGACUGCACGCAGGGCCUGCUGCCCCAGGUAAACCAGAGCAGCGUGCAGGUGGUGGUGCUGUUCUCCUCCGCCCGCGCCGCCCGCAGCCUCUUCAGCCACAGCCUCCACUGCAGGCUCUCGCCCAAGGUGUGGGUGGCCAGCGAGGCCUGGCUGACCUCGGACCUGGUCAUGACACUGCCGGGCAUGGACCAGGUGGGCACCGUGCUUGGCUUCCUGCACCAGGGUGCCCUGAUGCCUGAGUUCUCGGCCUACGUACAGACCCGCCUGGCCCUGGCCGCCGACCCCGCCUACUGCGCCUCGCUGGCCGCCGAGCGGCAGGGGCUGGAGGAGCACGUGGUGGGGCCUCGCUGCCCCCAGUGUGACCACGUCACAUUGGAGAGCCUGUCCGAGGGGCUGCUGCACCACCGGAGCUUCCCCGCCUACGCAGCUGUGUACAGCGUGGCCCAGGCGCUCCACGACACGCUACUCUGCAACGCCUCGGGCUGCCCCACGCGGGAGCCAGUGCGGCCCUGGCAGCUCCUGGAGAACAUGUACAACCUGAGCUUCCGUGCACGCGGCCUGACACUGCGGUUCGACACCAGCGGGAACGUGGAUAUGGAUUACGACCUGAAGCUGUGGGUGUGGCAGGACCUGAUGCCCACGCUGCGCACCGUGGGCACUUUCGACGGCCGCCUGACGCUCCAGCGCCCCCAGAUGCGCUGGCACACACCGGGGAACAAGGAGCCCGUGUCCCAGUGCUCUCGGCAGUGCGAGGAGGGCCAGGUGCGCCGGGUGAAGGGCUUCCACUCCUGCUGCUAUGACUGUGUGGACUGCAAGGCGGGCAGCUACCAGCGCAACCCAGAUGACACCCUCUGUGUCCAGUGUGACCAGGACCAGUGGUCCCCGGACCGGAGCACCCGGUGUUUCCCCCGCAGGCCCAGCUUCCUGGCUUGGGGGGAGCCAGCCGUGCUGGUGCUGCUCGUGCUGCUGGGCCUGGCUCUGGGCCUGGUGCUGGCAGCCCUGGGGCUCUUCAUCCGGCACCGAGACAGCCCGCUGGUUCAGGCCUGCGGUGGGCCAAGGGCCUGCUUCGGCUUGGCCUGCCUGGGCCUCGUCUGCCUGAGCGUCCUCCUGUUCCCGGGCCGGCCCGGCCCUGCCAGCUGCCUGGCCCAGCAGCCGCUGCUCCACCUCCCUCUCACUGGCUGCCUGAGCACCCUCUUCCUGCAGGCAGCUGAGAUCUUUGCGAGGUCAGAGCUGCCACCAAGUUGGGCUGACUGGCUCUGCGGCCACCUGCGGGGGCCCUGGGCCUGGCUGGCGGUGCUGCUCGCCAUGCUGGCACAAGCAGUGCUCUGCACCUGGUACCUGGUGGCCUUCCCACCGGAGGUGGUGACAGACUGGCGUGCGCUGCCCACAGAGGCACUGGUGCACUGCCGCGUGCACUCCUGGAUCAGCUUCAGCCUGGUACAUGCUACCAAUGCCACGCUGGCUUUCCUCUGCUUCCUGGGCACCUUCCUGGUGCAGAACCAGCCUGGCCACCACAACAGCGCCCGCGGCCUGACCUUCGCCAUGCUGGCCUACUUCAUCACCUGGGUCUCCUUUGUGCCCCUCCUAGCCAACGUGCCUGUGGCCUCCCAGCCUGCCGUGCACAUGGGUGCCGCCCUCCUCUGUGUGCUGGGCAUCCUGGCCACUUUCCACCUGCCCAAGUGCUACCUGCUGCUCAGGUGGCCAGACCUCAACACCCCCACGUUCUUCCUGGGGGGAUGCCAGAGGGCAGGGGGGCGGGAAGGAGACUCUGGGAAAAAACAAAUGACCCCUGGCCCAGUGACCUCCCCCCAGUGACCUCAGACCUAGUCAAGGUGCCCCCAGACCAAGUUCCUGUGCGGCAACCAGCAGGCUGUGCCCUGACUCUGAGAUUCUACCACCCUUGACCCCACAGUGACCUCCAGGCCUGCAUAAGGGGCCUCAGUCCCACGGAACCUCAUUAUCUAGGGCCCCAGAGACAGGCUGUCCCUGUCCCAGCUGAGCCCUGGCCUGCACAGGUGACCCAGGCCCACUGUCCCUGAGAGACGCCCACGGACAGUAGCCUAGAGCCUGUGGGGCUGCAGCCGAGCUCUCAGGAAAGCCCCUGACAGACCAGGUGAAGGCCAGGCAGGCAUCACUUGCCUGGCUGGGCCCAGCCUGGGCCCCCACUAGCAGGCCCUCAGGGGCGGGACAUUGGUGGAUGGGCUGGGGCUCUCUUGACCCCCUGCAGGGGUGGGAGCCUGACCGUGGGCCCCAGCGUAGGGCAGAGGCCCACUCAGGAGGGAGGGGGCACCCAGCUUCCUUCUGCCUCCCUGGCUGGCCUGAGCCAAUAAAUGGGGGUCAGCCACCUCCAGCACCGUGGACAGAGCCCAGGCAGGGUGGGGGUCAGCACCAAGGCCAGCGCCAGCCACAAGGACCCCACCCCCCAAACCAGAGGCCAGCACCACGGACAGAGGACCGCGGCCCAGGGCUACUGCGCCAGGGCUUCCUGGCUGAGCUGGCACCGCGUGGACAGUACCAAGCCAGUCAUGGGUCAGCUCCUGGCUGCCCCCAGGAGGCUGCCCCCAGCCCCUGCACCCCAACCUCUGAAAGUAGGAAAGAAGAGAUACAGGUCACGCACGCUGGUCCCAUAAAAUUAAAUGCUUUUUAGUGUUUAAAAUAGCA